GAUUAAAUCACCAACAACAACUCUAACAAUUGUGUUCCUAAUUCUUAUGAAAAAUGUUCAACAUUGGAGCACAUAUGCCACCAAGGAGGUGGCCAAUCUCGAUACCUUGUAUGAUGAUAAAAUGCAUCAUUUAGCCAAAAGGAUGGAUCUGCAGGUGUGCCUGGGUCAAUUUGAUGUUCACAAAAACACCAUCAUACGUACGGGUGAAUCUCAAGCAAUUGGAGGCAAGUACCUUCAAGGCCUUGAACUGGACACUAUGGAAGAAUGUCAACGUUUGUGCUGUGAGACGGAAUCUUGUGAUGUCUAUAUUUUUGAAAGUAAAAAGGAUGGCUACUGUUACCUUUUCGAAUGUGGCACGCCGGAGAAUUUCCAUUGUAAAUUUACACGACAUGCCAAUUAUACAAGUGCGGUCUUAACACCUGUUAUACGAUCAAAUAUCGAAGUGACUACACCACAUCCCAUUGUGGCACAUAAAACAUCCUCGGCUAUAUCGCAGCAAGAAUGGGAAUUGUCAAAUCUAAAAAUUAAACCCGAAGUAAGGGAGAAGGCAGUGGAAAUGGGUGUGCCAACAAUGGGCGCCAUUAACACGGGUCUAACAGCAAAUACAAAUUCAAAGAAAUCUAUGGGCUUAUCGGAGAUGGAAACGAAUACAAAGGUUAACUCUUCAGUCCAGUGUGGCCGUUUCCAAUUCGCCUGCCACUCGGGAGAAUGCAUUGCUGUGUAUAAUGCCUGUGAUGGUAUACCUCAAUGUGAGGAUGGUAGUGAUGAGGGUCCUGAGUGCUCUGGAGCUAACAACAACAAUUUGUCCCCUAAUACAAAGUCUUCAGCGGACUCAUCAAAUUCAAAUAAAGCCUCACCUCAAAUGACCCAAUAUCAGUCUCAGGCUUUUAUGCAACAAUCAGCCCAACAACAAUUACAAAAUAUGCAACAACUUCAACCAUCAACACAUCAAAGUCAAAAUUCCGGAAUUUUACCCUCGAUUCCUGUGGUCAAUAAUCGCGAGGAUCCCACUGUUUGGGAAACGAGGAAAAUUGUUUCGGGAACUCCACUCAAUGCGAAUGGCAAUGUCGAUCUGCAAAAUAUGAAUCCCAUAUCCCCCGGCAGUGGUGUUGCAUCAGCUGAUGGCUUUACAGCCUACAUCAAUAAUCGUCAAUCUGCGACACAUGGCAUGUAUGCUCCAGCAACCUCAACCUCAGAUGGUGUCAUACCAAUUGCCAACACUAAUAGUAUUGGUGGCAACAGUGGGGGUUCUACCUUAGAACAAAGUGGUCUUUAUGUACCACAUAUGACCGCUGGUGUUGGUGGUGGUCAAGAUGCUAAUGGUUUAUAUGUUCAACAGCAGCAGCAACAACAACAACAGCACAUUAUGUUACCACCUCCACCACCCCCUCCGCCGGCACCAUUAAAUUCUAAUUGGCAACAGCAGGCUAUUCUAAAUCAACAGAAACAACAGGGAUUAGCAAUGGCGCAACAACAACAACAAAUUCCACUGCCUCAGGGUUCAGCAUAUGGCAUACAAAAUGAUGGAUCGGUUCAACAACAGUCGCAACAACCACAACCUGUUGCCAGUAUUAUGAUGCAGCAAACAAAUCAACAACAGCAAAACCAACAACAAUCUGCCCAAUUAUCGGUGCCUUCUUUAUCCCAACAACAACAAGCGCUAAGUGAAACAAAAUCAUCUGCGGGCACCUCAAGCCAUUCCACACAGAAUGUAGUCAAAUCGGAUGAUUCCGAUGAAUAUGAUGACUCAGAGGAGAAAUCGACGGAACCACCAAAGAAGCACAAACACAAGAAGGGCAAAAGUAAAGCCAAAGAUUUGGAUACAAUUCCCGCACCCAAUGAAGAACCCUCUCCCACAGCUGGACAACAAUCACAACAACAACAUGGAACCGCAGCCAAGGCAACAACGAAUUCAGUGAAAGCAGUAAAAACAGCCGUCUCGCCCGUUCACGAACAAUACGAAAUAAUUCAUCAGAAUAUGGCUCUGGAGUUUCGGGAUCAUGAUGGACAAUCGGAAAGGCCGGGUGGUGCAGUUUUAUCCCUAACCUUAGGUUUGCUAAUUACGGCAGCACUGGCCAUUCUCAUCGGCUGUCGUAUGCGUACGGUGGGACGAAGGGCCCGACGUUUGGGCGGUAAAACGCCAUAUUCCCAUGAAGCCGAUUUCUUAGUCAAUGGCAUGUAUUUGUAA